AUGCAGGCACGGAACGACUGGGGUAGCGGCCCAGGCGACGGCGCGGUGGGCAGGGCGCAUGCGGCCCGCGUCCUGCAGCACCUGCUCAGCCAGCCUGAGGGCCAUGCUUCGGUGAAGAAAGCGGGAGCACUGGAUGCCCUGCUCGCACGCAGCGCUGAGCUGGCCAAGGAGAGCGCAGAGGAGGGUGGCACCUACCCCUCCCUGGCAGCUGUGCCAGGCAACCUGAAUUCGCUGAACUCUGUGGAGGAGGAGCGGGCUCUGGCUGCAGCCCUGUAUGGGCUCACCGGCUCAGAGCUGGGGGUUCAGGAUGUGCUGGUGUCCGAGGAGACCCUGAGGGGCCUGAUGCGGUGGGUGCUGUCCCAGGAUCCUCUGCUCCAAAGGGCUGGGGCUGGGGCGGUCGCGCGCAUUGUCUGCUCAGGCCCCUCCCAGGCCACCUCCGUCGCCGACCUGGGCGGGUUUGCAGCCGUGGUGGCGUCCCUGGCCUGCAGCGACCCCCAGGCGCGCUGCUAUGCGGCCGCCGCCGUGCGCAAGGUCGCGCAGUUUGGGGGGCCGCUGGCCGGGCGCCUGGCGGCCGAGCCGCGGCUGGUCCCCGUGCUCCUCGCCUGCGCGGAGGCCGCGCGGGGGAAGGACAGCGUUGAGGGGCUGCAGGGCAGCGUCCGGCGGGGGGUGCAGCGCUGCGGGCUCAUGGCCCUGGCCGCUGCAGCGGGGGAGCGCCAGCUGGCGCUGAGCCUGACCGCGGGCGGGGCGGUGGAGGUGCUGCGCAGGGAGCUGGCCGCCUCGGCCUACGCAGGGGAGCUGGAGGGCCUUGCCAGGGACACUCUGGCGCUGCUGGAGCCCAAGCGAUGA